AUGAUGUCCCAGUAUACUCUUCCACCCAGUCUGAGAAAGAACGCAGAAAUCGACGGGGGCCGCCUCGCGAAUGAAUCUUCGGUUUUUGAACAUAUCGAACAGGGCUAUCGCCGGAAUCCACAUAGUCUGGCGGUCAUCAGCACCCAUCAACCAGCAGGGCACCUCGCAUCUGUCGUGCCGCGAGACGACAAGGUCGACGAUCAGCACGUCACCCGUUACAGCUGCCUCGGAUGGACGUAUUCCCAGCUUCAUCGCACCUCUCUACAGCUCCUCGGAGGCAUGUUGGCAAACGGCACACAGCCCAACAGCACGAUUCUCAUGCUGAUCCCCAACGGCGGAGAAUACGCCCUGCUCCUCUGGACGUCGGUGCUGCUCCGUCUGACAUACGCCUGCGUGGACCCGUCCCUGCUCGAGCCAUCCAAGAACCAAGAGCUCCAAGCCAUCCUGGACCUGGUGAACCCGUCGCUCGUCGUCGUGCGGGAUUCCGCCGGCGCCCUCGCCCUCGACGCGCUCCUGGCAAAGACAACCCCCAACAACCAACGCCAGCAUCCAGUCCUCCAGAUCACGCUCGAGGAAACCGCGCGCCCCGGCUGGAUAUCCCUGUGCACGCUGGCGGCCUGUUCCGGAUUAUCGCCCGAACAGGCCGACGGCCAUCUUGCCGCCGCGCGAGCCGACUCCCCGGCCCGCACCCAUUCCAUCCUCUUUACGUCUGGGACCUCCAGCAACCCCAAGGGCUGUCCGCUGCGCGUGUCGGGAAUGUCGCACGCCCUGCAGUCGCAGUCCUGGCUUGUAAACGCCGAGAACGGUGCGCGGGCCUUGCAGCAGGGCCACAACUCCCGGGGCAUCGCACCCGCGCAGACGCUGCAGACGUGGCGCGCAGGCGGCGCGGUUGUGAUGACUGGGGGCGGGUUUGACGCGAGCGAUCUCGUCGACGCCGUGGUGGACUACCGCGCGACGUUUAUUGUUCUGACGCCGGCAAUGGUCCGUGCCGUGGGCCAGGAGAUCGAGUCGCGGGAGCGGCAGACGCAGGAACGGGUCGAUGUGGAUUCGGUGACGUCCGUGCAGGUUGGAGGCGACGCCGUUACCAAGGACGUGCUUGACAGAUGCGGCCGGCUGUUUGUGCGCGCGAAGGUCUGUGUGAACCACGGCAUGACGGAGGGAAUGGGCGCGUUUUACUGGCCGUUUUCUGAGAUGACGGUGCCGGACAUUCCAUUCUACGGGGAGAUGGCCCCGAUCGGGGCUGUGGCGCCCGGUACGGUUGUGAGAAUCUGGGACAGCGAGGGCGAGAGUGUGGCCGGGCGAGGGGAGUUGGGAGAGUUGCAUAUGUCUUGCGGGGGCACAAUCCCGGGGUAUCUGGGUGGGGUCGCAGAGGACUCGUUUUACCAUGACUCCAAGGGGAUCCGAUGGUUUAAUACCGGAGAUGUGGCGAUGAUUGAUGGCGACGGAGUGGUUUUUAUCCUCGGAAGGAAGAAGGAUAUGAUUCGAAAAAGCGGGACGGUCUGCGUGGUGUCAAUCGCCCAUCCCGAGUUAGGGCACGAGCCCUUCGCCGUCCUGGCGAGUCUCAACGGCAAAACAGAAGCCCAGAUUAAACAGCAUGUCAUACGAAGCUUCGGUCAAAAGUACGCGUUAGGAGGCGUGUCGACGUUAGAGCAGCUUGGACUGCGCGAGUUCCCGGUAAAUGCAACGCACAAGUUGAUCAAGACGGAUGUUCAAAGCGCAGUCGCAAAGUAUUUUACUAGAUAG